AUGUGUUCUGGACUCGUUGCAUUUCUGUGUCUGAUAUCUGUUUCAUUAACUGCUAAAGUCAAAUGGGUACCCAAUACGAAUUUCAAUUUAAAGCUCAACUUUAAAGACGGGAGGCUCCCGUGUCCACGCCAGACGGUCGUCUUUCCAGAAAGUCUCAAUGGUAUUGUUAGCAUUGAAACGAAAGCAGUGGUCGGUGGUUUUGUGCUGCCGCAAGAUGGUGAAUUGGUUUUUGGCGAUGGAGAUCUACAGUUUGGAUCAAGUGAAAAUUCGAAUUGUACUGAGACUGGCAAUGUUUAUUUUUUGGAGAAUUCUGUCUCUUCAUGGGCACAACCAGAUGUGUGGAGUUCACCAAAAUUCAACGAAGCUACCCCAGAUGCGGAAAGAGUACCUUGUUUUGAUGAUACUGUUGAAUUUCCUACUGGUUCCGUGUUUACAAUUUCUCUUCCAGAUGAACAACAAGUUGUUAGAGAUAUUAAGAUAAAUGGAGUGAGCUACGACACAAGAACGUUCAUUGAUUACGUACUGCAUCAACGAGAUCAAGCUCAGCAAUUUAUCUUGAAUCAGUAUCAAGAAACUGGUAUAUUUAUAACAAAUAAGCAGUGUAAGUCUCGAAGCGGUUGUCCAUGCCAAGUGAAUGUAAUGAGAAUCGAUUGUAGUGCAAAAAUUUGUUCGGUACCGACAUGUAUAGAUCCUAUCCAACCUGUAGGUCACUGUUGUAAGAUAUGUGGAGGAGUAAUAUCGUUCGAUGUUGAUCAAAGUUUUGACCUUAUGACAUUUAAGGAACUUGUAGAAGCAGUCAUAGAAGGGUACGGUAACGAAGAUUUAGUAUAUCAUAUUGGAAAAAUUGAAAAUAAAAUACAGUUGGUUGUUGUUAAUAAAGGUGAAUACACUGGAACAAGCGCUGAAGUUGUCAAUGAUGUUAAUAAUCGAAUGCAAAGACAUUGGGUACAGGGUGUUAAAGAAGCUGCUAUCAGCGGCUCGCCUUUAUACAAAUAUGGAUUAGGAGGAAAGAUAUUUGUAUCAAUGUUUUUCGCUGUAGUGCUGGUGAUGGGUGGAGUGUAUGCGUAUUAUUAUAAAUUGCCUGAAAUAAGAUUACCUAUUGAUAUUGCCGGAAGACCAGGAAUGUUGUCAAGGUAUCAACGGAGAACAGAUAGCGUCGUAUCUCUCACCCGGCGGGACUCAGUAAUAACUACGCGAUCUGGAAUUAGUACUGCGUUUAGAAACCCUAUGUAUGACUCAAAGCGAGGGCGAGUUGUGGUGGAAGCGACUGCAGACGAUUAG